CCGAGGCGGCUGCAGGUGAGCCGCUGCAAGUUCAGGGGGCGCCGCUCGCUUUCGCCACCUCCCCGCUCUCCGCACGGGUCUGCGGGAGGGAGGCCCCUCCAGACUCACCCUCCAGGUGUCCCAAGCCCAUGCGGACCGUCCGGAUCGCUGCAAGGGCUGUCUGUGGUGGAAGGAUUGGAGGGGAGGAGGAACUGGACAGCAGCCAGGUGAAAUCCGCACCCAGAACGAGGGAUUCCACUGCACCGUGCAGCAUUUUGUAUUAUCUUGCACUGAACUGAUCACAUACUUUGAAAAUGACUGCAAAACUUCUCUGGGUAUCCUUCAUACUUGCUGCAUUAAUAUUUUCAAUUACAUUUUCCCUCCAACCAGACCAGCAAAAGGUUCUCCUGGUUUCAUUUGAUGGAUUCCGUUGGGAUUACUUAUAUAGAGUUCCAACACCCCAUUUUCAUUAUGUCAUGAAAUACGGUGUUCAUGUGAAGCAAGUUACUAAUAUUUUUAUCACAAAGACCUACCCUAACCAUUAUACUUUGGUAACUGGCCUCUUUGCAGAGAAUCAUGGGAUUGUUGCUAAUGACAUGUUUGAUCCUAUUCUGAAUAAAUCUUUCUCCUUGGAUAACAUGACCAUUUAUGAUUCUGAGUUUUGGGAGGAAGCAACGCCAAUAUGGAUCACAAAUCAGAAGGCAGGACAUUCUAGUGGUGCAGCCAUGUGGCCUGGAGCAGAUGUAAAAAUACAUAAUAGCUUUCCUACUCACUACAUGCCUUACAAUGAAUCUGUCUCAUUUGAAGAUAGAGUUGCCAAAAUUAUUGAAUGGUUUACAUCAAAAGAGCCCAUAAAUCUCGGUCUUCUUUACUGGGAAGACCCCGAUGAUAUGGGCCACCAUUUGGGACCUGAGAGUCCGCUCAUGGGGCCUGUCGUUUCGGAUAUUGACAAGAAGUUGGGAUAUCUCAUACAAAUGCUGAAGAAGGCAAAGUUGUGGAACAUUCUGAACCUAAUUGUCACAAGCGAUCACGGAAUGACCCAGUGCUCUGAAGAAAGAGUAAUAGAACUUGAUCAGUAUCUGGAUAAAGACCACUAUAUUCUGAUCGACCAAUCUCCAGUAGCGGCCAUCUUGCCAAAAGAAGGUAAAUUUGAUGAAGUGUAUGAAGCACUAGUUCACAGUCAUCCUAAUCUCACUGUCUACAAAAAAGAGGAGAUUCCGGAGAGAUGGCAUUACAAAUACAACAGCCGAAUUCAACCGAUCAUAGCAGUGGCUGAUGAAGGGUGGUAUAUCUUACAGAACAAGUCAGACAACUUUCUGUUAGGCAACCACGGUUACGAUAACGCGUUAGCAGAAAUGCGUCCGAUAUUUUUAGCCCACGGUCCUGCCUUCAGAAAGAAUUUCACAAAAGAAGCCAUGAACUCCACAGAUCUGUACCCGCUGCUCUGCCACCUGCUCAAUAUCACUGGCAUGCCACACAACGGGUCGUUGAGGGGCGUCCAGGAUCUGCUCAGUUCAACGACCCCGAGAGUGUUUCCUUACACGCAGAGGCCCACCCUCCUCCAUGGUAGGGUCAAGCCAAGGGAAGAUGAGCACGAGGCGUCGUAUGCGUAUUUCCUAGGGGUCUCUCUUGGCAGCAUUUUGGUUCUCGUAUUUUUUGUAAUUUUCAUCAAACAUUUAAUUCGCAGUCAAAUACCUGCCUCACCAGAUAUUCAGGCUGAAAUAGCUCAACCAUUACUACAAGCCUAACGCUACUUUAAAGUGGAGGUUGUGUAAUGGCUGUCCGUGUUUAAGGGUUUCAAAUUCUAGGAAACCGGUUUCGGACAUUCACGCAGAUCAGUAAACGGUUGCAUACAUAUACAGGCACAGCCCCCCGCACACACACAUGCACGCACACACACGCACGCAUACACACAUACAUCAAACACACACAUAGACCAAAUGCCCAUACCUAUAAAGGAUUAAAAUGAGGAAGUAUAUUUCCGUGGCUUUCUCCGGCUUAGGGGUAGAUAAAAUCCUGCUUUAUUUGGACUUGGCACGUACAAUGUAUAUAUUUAGCAACUUUGCACUAUCUAAAGUUCCUUAUACAUUGCACUUUAAAUUACUCUCCUAAAGUGUACUUUUAUGCGAAAUGCACUUUAUUGACAAUUACGUCUUCUAGCUUGGUUGACAAAGACAAUUUUUUCGGCCAACGUCGCAGAAUACUUGUUAUUUCUUGUUGAAGCUGAAUGAAAUUUCUAACAAUCCCUGAAUACUGUAGAAAUCUAUCCCCUUAUACUGGGAGUGCAAGAAGAAAGUCAAAACUGUUGCAAAUUAAAUGUGAUGACAUUGAAGUUUGGAAAGACGCAUUCCCAAUAGCAGGACUCAUCUGUGGGCAUUUCUUCUCAUACUUCUUUUUAAAAGACAUGGGUUUUCAUUUUAUGCUUCUUAAAAAAAAAAAAAAAAAAAAAAAAGACUCAAGUGCUGACAAGUUUGUCCUAAACAUACUGUUUCUGUCAUGAAACUCAUUGUUUCUGAUGAGUCAUUUUGCUCUGAUUAUAUAAUAAUGAAGACACCAUAAACAUAGAUAGAUGUCCUUCCUACAUAGUCCAGCACUGGCCUGUUCUGAACAGAAGAGAUUGGGGACCACCUCAGCAAUGUCUUCCCUUGUUCUGUAAUUCUCUGCUCCUUCGAAAACCGAAUCACUGCUAAUCACAUUAAAAAUCAAAAUAAUACAA